AUGACAGAUCAACAAUUUUGUUUAAGAUGGAACAAUCACCAGUCGACAUUAGUGGCUGUGUUUGAUGGCUUACUGGAAAAAGGUGUGCUGGUUGACUGUACAUUAGCUGCCGAGGGUCAACAGCUAACAGCUCAUAAAGUUGUACUAGCAGCAUGUAGUCCUUUUUUGGAAACUUUGUUAAGCCGACACUACGACAAACAUCCAAUAUUAAUUCUUAAGGAUGUUAAAUUUUCCGAACUAAAGGCUAUGAUGGACUACAUGUACCGGGGAGAAGUUAACAUUUCGCAAGAUCAGCUCGGAACGUUCCUUAAGGCUGCAGAGUCAUUGCAAAUAAAAGGGCUUUCGGAUAGCGGUGGGGGAAAUGAGAAAUCCGUAGAUUCUCAUUCGAAUAAGAGACAUCAUGACAGAAAGCAACAUAGACCAAAUUCACCUUUAAGAAAUUCAUUAUUAGGCGAAUCGAAGAGGGCCUCUUACAAUUUGCAAAAUUCAGUUAGAAAUUCAUUAAAAUCUUCUCCUUUAUUAGUCGAUAUACCUGAAGAUAGUCCAGUGAAUAAACCUCACGACGGUAGCAUGUCUCCCGUUUUGAGGAAAAAAAAGAGACCUCGAGAACAAGAUGAGAAUACGAAUAAUACCCUUAAAACCGAAAAUAUUCCUCCUCACGAAACAAUAAACAACCAUCAAGAAAACAGUAGUAACUCUCUAGAUCUCCCCAACUCAGUACCAGUUCCUCGUGUGCCUAGCCCAUCUGAGUCAAAGCAACCCCCAUCGGAAUCCAACACCGACAAGACUGAAUUAAAACAAGAAAUGGAAGAAGAAGAAGACAUAAACGAGGACUCCGUUGAGCUGACUUUAGAGGACGAGGAUUUAGGAGAAGCUGGGCCUUCGCACAACGAUGGUGGUAAGUCUUUUUAA